GAGCCCAUGCUGCUUUCCUGGGACUUGGAGCCUCUAGGAGAAGCCAAGUACUGUAAGCAGGGGACCGUCCUGCUGUUUUUACACUGAACCAUUUGUGGGUCAGAAAAUUCAUUUAGUAGCUCAUAAGCUGCAUUUAAGAAAUGAAAUAGAGAAGAAAAUAAUCAAGUGAAUUUGACCUGGGCUACGGAACACUAGGCAAAUGUGAGUGGGGACCCUCUGGGAUCCAUGCAGGAACCUAUGCUUCCGUUGACAUCUUCAUAAGUGAGCCUGGGCCUUGCCCACCACCAGUGAUGCCCUGCCCUGGCUAUAGCUUGAGCCACCUUCUGUAAACAACAUGGCGGUGGAGAGUCCUUGAGCCCAUGAAGGGUGAGGCCCCUUCCAGCCCAAAGAUGAGGAAUAUCACUGCAAAUAAUGACUCACUGAGCUGUGACAUUGACCACACCAUCCACCAGACGCUGGCCCCCGUGGUCUACGUCACGGUGCUGGUGGUGGGCUUCCCGGCCAACUGUCUGUCCCUCUACUUCGGCUACCUGCAGAUCAAGGCCCGGAAUGAGCUGGGCGUGUACCUGUGCAACCUGACCGUGGCGGACCUCUUCUAUAUCUGCUCGCUCCCUUUCUGGCUGCAGUACGUGCUGCAGCAUGACCACUGGUCCCAUGGCGACCUGUCCUGCCAGGUGUGCGGCAUCCUGCUGUACGAGAACAUCUACAUCAGCGUGGGCUUCCUCUGCUGCAUCUCCAUCGACCGCUACCUGGCCGUGGCACAUCCCUUCCGCUUCCACCAGUUUCGUACCCUGAAGGCGGCUGUCUGUGUUAGCGUGGUCAUCUGGGCCAAGGAGCUACUGAGCAACAUCUUCUUCCUCAUGCACGAGGAGGUCAUCAAGGACAAUGACCAACACCUCGUCUGCUUUGAGCACUACCCCAUCAAGGCCUGGCAGCGCAGCAUCAACUACUACCGCUUCCUGGUGGGCUUCCUCUUCCCCCUGUGCCUGCUGCUGGCCUCCUACCAGGGCAUCCUGCAGGCUGUGCGCCGGAGCCACGGCACCCAGAAGAGCCGCAAGGACCAGAUCCAGCGGCUGGUGCUCAGCACCGUGGUCAUCUUCUUGGCCUGCUUCCUGCCCUACCACGUGCUGCUGCUGGUGCGCAGCGUCUGGGAGGUCAGCUGCGACUUCGCCAAAAGCAUCUUCAAUGCCUAUCACUUCUCCCUACUCCUCACCAGCUUCAACUGUGUCGCCGACCCUGUGUUGUACUGCUUCGUCAGCGAGACCACGCACAGGGACCUGGCACGCCUGCGCGGGGCCUGCCUGGCCUUCCUCACCUGUGCCAGGACCAGCCGGGCUCGGGAAGCCUACCCGCUGGGUGGUGCCCCUGAGGCUUCUGAAAAAAGCGGGACCCAGGGCGAGGAGCCUGAGCUGCUAACUAAGCUCCACUCAGCCUUCAAGACCCCUAGCUCACCUGAAGUGGGAAGGUCCCCCAUGGUCUAGCUGGGGUCACCUGUCAUUGGGGAUAGGUGAGGCCUGAGGCUUCAGCCCGCUGGCCUUGUGGUCCUGAGCUUGCACCUGGCUGCCUCCCUCUUUGACCUGAAGGUGCAUCUUCUGCUGUAGGGAUGGAUGGGCUGGCCACAGCUGGAGCCUCUCUGGUCCCCGGAGGCCCACUCCUGCUCGCUGAGGCUGGUGGCACUGUCCAGGAUAGAAUGAACCCUGUCAGUUCCUGGGCAUCCUCUGCUACCAGCUGUGCUGCUGGUGGGAGGGACCAGUGAUUUGUCACUUCCAGGAAGCUUAGGAAGAGCAGCUGGGUGGGAGUGUACAGUUUGAGGACACAGAGGCUAGGAAGUGGGGAGAUGCAGGUGGGGAAGUGGGUGUUCACCUGCCAUUGCCUUCCAGUGUCACGGUUGUCACAGAUGACACCUGUGCAAACGUACUGCUGUUACCAUGAAGCUGCAUGUUGCUAUGAACAUUCAAAGGCCACUCCACAAUGGGGUAAGCAGGGAAGACUGGAUGGGGAGAACGGUGGAAGAGGCAUUUCUAGCACUGGGGUGGAAACAGGUAUACCUCAGGAGUGCAGCAGGAGAGAAACCCCAUCUCCAGCCAAUAUCACACUUUAUGGGGAGAGGUGAGAAGAUCCCCCAAGUCUGAUGGCUAACGGCAGACAAAGUCCAGGGCUCCUGAGGAGAUCCUGGGCUCCUUCCAACAGUCAGUUUAUCCUUAACCAAGUUCUUGACACAUCUCUGCUACUUAGCUUUCUGUCUCCAUCUGCCCAAAAGUGCCAGAUUUGGGGGUCUGGAGUGAGGAUACACACGCACACAUGGUGUGUGUGUGGGGGGAUUAAAAAUGCCAGGCUCUCCAUGACAGCUGUUUGUCAAGACAAAGACAAGACUGAAAUAAGGGUCAUGUCUCUUCCCCAGCCCCUGCCACGCACACCAUGGGGCAUCUAGCAUCCUAGAUAGGACCACAGCAUUAUCACAGGAUUCUCAGAUACACCCAGACCAACAAAGCCCAUGCAUGUAGCCCACAGGCUUGCACCUAACCUCCACUUUGGCUGUGACCAAGAGAAGAGGUGGCCUGGAACUUACCUUUCCCGUUUCUCACCCAGGCUCCUCUGCCUGAUAUCCCACCUCACCUCCCCAGAGGUGGCAGUGGACCCAUGAGUGUUUGAAGCCCAGGACCCAGAUCACCAACUUUGUCCUGUCCUAGAAGGCUUUGUGCCUGGCCGUGUUGAGGUGUCCUUCCCACCUGCAGCACACCCACAGGUUUCUCCUGCUCUGUUCUGCAGUAAAGCUUCCUGCUCCCAGAGCGCCACUCUCUCAAACUGCUCUGGAGAGCAGCAGAGAAGACGCCUGGGGUUCUUCAACCUCAUCUGCCUUGUUCAAAGCAAGGACUUGGCUUUGUUCUGUGCCAAGCACCACCCUGGCCUGGUGAACACACCAAGGCCCAGAGGAGCCACUUGCUGCCCCAGAAGACCACGUUCAUGGAAAUGCUAGUGCUUUAGACUUUCUGUAUGGGGGCUGCAGCCAGCUCUGACUUCACAGGACAUGUCCUCAAAGACCUGGGGUGUGAGCCCCUGCACACCAAGAGCUAGUGGUGGCUGAAUGGUGGCGAGGGUUCAGUAGGGAGUAGGUGUUGGUUGGCAUCAGUAGGACAUUUCUGAAGUCUGCUAAGGCUGGGGUUUGGGAGGACAGGCAGAACUCGAUCUUCAAUCGUGCUUCUCUCUUCUUACCAACCUCCAGGAGGCUUAUCCUUUAGCUGUGUCCCUUACUCCAUAUAUCAGAGGAGCCCGGAGGCGGAUAACCCAAGCUGGAGAUGCCCUAGGAAGGGUGCGUAUUGCGAUCCCAGGCCUAUACUUGGCUAUGAAGCCCCAUUCCAAUUCCUUGUGGAAUUGAGCCUCAAAUGACCUGGGAGGUUCUCUUCUUUUUCCUGAAAGAAGAACCGGGAUCUUGAUGGGGCAGUAGCAUUGGCUGAGCCCUCAAGUCUCUUUGUUCCAUGGUAUUUGUCCCUAAUUUUGACCUUAAACACAGACGUUCUUGCUGGCAUGGGCUGAGAUGAGUCGAGAGCAGUUCUGUCCACUCUAAAGAAGUGUAUUUUUGUAUUGUCCUAUCUUUUACACCAAGUGUACAUGAGAUGCAUAUGUGUGUUGUACUAUGCAAUGGAUUUAUGUAGCAAACUUCAGUCUGCAAAUAAAGAAAAGUAACCAGCCACA